AUGUACCUACGAGCGAUUCAUGCGGAUUCGCACAUACCUACCCUUCGCAACUUCAUCAAAAAUAAUCCGCUUGGCACUGUGACUACUGCAAUCGCGUCGUCAGGCUAUCCAUUCCUUCAAACGAGCCAUAUCCCAUGGGUUAUGGAUGUGACCGACGAGUCGAGUGAAUCUGAGCUUGGUGUCCUUCGGGGGCACAUGGCCAGACAGAAUCCCCAGGCGAAAGCCAUGAUAGAGUCUGCCAAGUGCGCCAUGCCUGAUGGGGCUCAAGGUGGCGUGCAACUUGAUAAUGAGGUGCUGGUUCUGUUCACGGCACACGCUCAUCACUAUGUGACGCCUAAGUUCUAUACUGAAACGAAGCCAGCGACAGGCAAAGUUGUGCCGACAUGGAACUAUUCUGCCGUACAAGCGUACGGCAAGGCCACCAUCUUCUUCGACAAUGGGGUCGCAUCUACGGAAUACCUGUCUCGACAGAUCCAUGAUCUCUCCCAGCAUGCAGAGACAUCAGUGAUGGGAUACGAUGGUGUGGAGAAACAGGGACCUUGGAAAGUAUCCGAUGCCCCUGAUCGGUACAUCGCUUUACUGCAGAAAAACAUCAUUGGCAUUCAGGUCGACAUUACCAGUCUCGGGGGCAAGUUCAAAAUGAGUCAGGAAAUGCCUGAAAAUGACCGCGAAGGCGUUAUUGCGGGGUUUGAGAGCUUGGACACUGCACUUGGCAAGGAAAUGGCCCGCAAUGUAUCAGAAAGACAGGAGCUUAUGAGAAACAAGACUUAA